AUGAGUUCUGAAAAAAACCUGAUUGCUAGUAUAUUUACCCCGCGCAUGGGCUAUCGUGCUGACGCAGAAGCUAUUGAGCUACCUGCGUCCUCAGGAAAGCCCAUGAGUGUGACUUAUAGUGAGCUAGCAGCCCUCAUUGACGGCGUCAAAGCGCAAUUGGCUUCACUUCAUCUCAAAAAAGGCACUGUUAUUUGCAGUAGCCUGGUUAAUUCACUCGAAUUUGUUGUCGUGUUCCUUGCUACAGCAGCACUCGGACUGGUUGCGGCACCAUUGAAUCCGAACUACAAAGAAAACGAAGUGUCGUUCUAUCUUGAAGACACCAACACGCCUGCAAUCAUUGUACCGAAUGGCACAUUGGCUGAGAAGAACGUAUCAGAAGGAGCUCUUUCAGCUGCACGGGCUGCCAAGUCAAGACAGGUACGAACGUUGGAGAUUGUGCAUGAUGUGCCGACAGCUUCCCGGUCGAAGAGUGUAAUGCGCCUUGUCGAUCAGAAUGGCUCUUUGCCAACUGGAGAAGCUACAGUGGCAGAAGAGGAUGACACAGCACUGAUUCUUCAUACUUCGGGGACAACUGGACGUCCCAAGGCAGUGCCUUUAACGCAUAAAAAUUUGCUCACGUCCAUGCACAACAUCCAGAAAACAUACGAGCUGAGCCCUAAUGACAAGACGUUUCUCGUUAUGCCACUAUUUCAUGUACAUGGUCUCAUAUGCGCUUUGCUGUCUUCUUUGCUUGCAUGCAGCUCUGUUGUGAUUCCGCCGCGUUUCAGCGCCUCGACAUUCUGGCCAGAAUUCGUGCAGACAAAAUCCAACUGGUACACUGCUGUUCCUACAAUCCACCAGAUUCUUCUGGCAUCAGAAAAACCUGAUCCCAUGCCAAAGUUGCGCUUCGUUCGAUCGUGCUCGUCUUCCCUGUCUCCCGCGACAUUGACAUCGUUAGAGCAACUUGUGAAGGCGCCUGUCCUAGAGGCUUACGCUAUGACAGAAGCAGCGCACCAGAUGACGUCGAAUCCGCUACCACCUAAGCCACACAAAGCUGGCACCGUAGGAUUUGGACAUGGAGUCGAAGUCAAGAUUCUUAAUGAGAAGGGCGAGGAGCUGCCUGUGGGCCAGAAUGGCGAGGUCUGUGUUCGCGGGUCGAAUGUGACGAACGGUUACAUUGAUAACGAAAAAGCAAAUCAGGACAACUUUUUCCGACUCGCCUACAAUAACUGCUUACCUGAUGUGGAUGGCUUCUUACGGACAGGUGACCAGGGCCGGAUGGACGAUGACGGCUACCUCAUACUGACGGGUCGGAUCAAAGAGCUGAUCAACCGCUCAGGAGAGAAAAUCAGUCCUUUGGAAGUGGACAAUGCUCUGCUAUCCCUGCCAUAUGUAAAAGAGGCCGUUUCAUUUGGCAUCCCCGACGACAUGUAUGACGAGCUUGUGGGAGCUGUGAUCGUGCCGGAGCCCGGGGCAGCCCACCCUGUUGAUCAAGCCAAGGUUCAGUCGGACUUGAGCGCAAACCUUGUCAAGUUCAAGAUUCCAUCCCGUGUAUGGAUCACAGACAGUAUUCCAAAGACUGCCACAGGCAAGAUUCAACGUCGAAUUGUCGCCCAGCACUUUUUGGCGCCGCAGACGUAA